AUGGGCGACCUCCAAUUCGCGAAGCAAUUCCUCACAGCUCUAGACAACAAACCGAACAAAUACCAAGCCGACCAUGUCUUUGAUCCGAAGACGUUUCAGAUGCGGCUGCCAUAUACCUUGCCCAAGCUCUCGACGCCACCGCACCCGCCGCCGCCCAAAUCGGUCCCUGUCACCGCAGCACCGCCGGGCUCCGAGCCCUCCACGCCGACAAUCACGCUGGUAUUGAAGUCCGCGCGCAACCCGAACAUGACUCUCGUGAUCCCCUCCGUACCGCCCGCGACGGUGACGAUCCAGGUUCUCAAAGAGCGCAUCCAGGCGACCCUGGGGGGACCGAGCGUGGUGCCGAAUCUCGACAAGGUCAAAUUGCUGUUGAACAAGAAGCCCAUACCGCCCAGUAAACAGACCGUCGCCGAGGCGCUGGUGGGGUCGGGAAUCACUUCCACCACGGGCUCGUCGGAGGUGGAGUUCGGAGUGAUGGUCAUGGGCGGCGCUCCUGACCCGCCUCAGACUCACGUCACGGCGCCUCUUGACGAGACCACUGCGUCGGAGCAGGCUUCGGCGGCGGCGGCGGAGACAGGCGGCGCGCAGACCGAGAGCAAGAAAACGGGUGCAGAAGGCACGCCCAUGGAAGAUGUGCAGACGACGGCAACAACGAGCGUCCUGGAGUCAAAGGAGUUUUGGGAUGAUUUACAGAGAUUUUUGGAGCAGCGGAUAGGGAGUGCCGAUGACGCGGGGAAGGCAAGGGGGAUAUUCGAACGGGCGUGGAGGAGCGCGACGGAGAAGCCUUGA